AUGUCUCUUUCCCAAACUUUAACUCUCUAUUAUCCACUUGCAGGCGUCUACAAGGAUGAUUCAUCCAUUGAAUGCAAUGAUAAAGGAGCUCUAUUUGUCACAGCCCAUGUUCAUUGCAACAUCAACGAGCUACUAAAUCUACCAAAAUUUCAGCAGUUUCACAAGCUUGGCACCUCUUCAAAGUUCCAUGAAGAUGGUCCUUUCCAAGUUUUUGUUCAAUUCAACACAUUUUCAUGUGGUGGGGUUGCGAUUUUCACGUGUUUCUCUCACAUGGUCAUUGAUAUGACAACUAUCAGUGUUUUCCUGAAAUGUUGGGCUGCAAUUUCUAGAGGUUCUCAAGAUGAUCAAUCACCAGGUCAUCCUUAUCCUCGGUAUGAAUCACUAGUGCUUUUCCCUCCUAAAGACUCUGUUCCGCUUGGUUUCUCGGUGGUGGUCAAGGGAUCCUUACUCAAAGAUGGAAGAAGUAUACGAAAAAGAUUCGUGUUCAGUGCUCCAGCAAUAUCUGAUCUCAAAGUGAAAGGUUCCAGCAAACGCGUACCGGAUCCUACAAGUGUUGAAGUUGUGUCAUCUUUCAUCUGGAAGCAUGCAAUGGCUGCAGCAAAGGUAGUAAAGGGUUUCCAACAGCCAUCAGUAAUAUUUCAUGCAGCAGAUUUGCGAAGAAGAAUGGUGCCACCUCUACCAGAAUAUUCUGCUGGGAAUAUUGGUUCUCCAAUCGUUGCAGAAUAUGAUAAGAUUGAUGAUUUGGAGGUAAAAUUCGGAAGAUUAGUGAAAAUACUAAGAUUGGCUAAGGAAAAAAAUAAGGAUGAAUUUGUGCCAAAAUUACUUAGUUCUGCAGGGUUUGAUAUGUUGAUUAAGUUUUUGGAAGACUGGGGAGAAAAGUGCAGUAACAAAGAUUUAAAUACUUACCAAUUCAGCAGCUGGUGCAAAAUAGGAUUAAAUGAAGUCGAUUUUGGCUGGGGAAAACCAAUUUGGACUAGUUUGGUAGGUGGUACUGAGGUAGAAUCCAUGUAUAAGAAUUUUGUGGUUCUUGUUGAUGGAUCAGAUGGUGGGAUUGAAGCAUGGUUGAUAUUGGAGCAAAAGGAGAUGGCUGUACUGGAAAAUGAAGGGGAGUUCCUUGCUUAUGCUUCUCCAAAUCCUGGGAUCAUAAUAUCUUUAAAAAAAUUUAAAUCGACAUAG